AUGGACGACCAACUGCGCCUAGUGUACCGUUACCUCGACGCCGACCUCAGCGACAAUGCCCUCUUCCUCGCCAGUAUUCUGCAUGCAUUGGACCCCGAGAAUGGUACCUGGGCGCAUCUCAAAGCACUUGCCUGCCUUCGUUUGGGCCAGUACGGCCUCGCUCGUCAGUAUAGCUGCGAGAAUGGCUUGACUGGCGACCAUCUGGGGUGCUCGUACGUCUUCGCAUUGGCAUCCUUGUCCCAGGGUAAUUACCUCGAGGGAAUCUCAGCACUGGAGCGAGCCAAGCCACACUGGCAGCUUAGGAAUCGGGAUGUCAAAAUGCCCUUCGCAGCAGAUCCUCUGGCCCAGCGAUUCUGGCCUGACCGUCCGGCAGUCAAUUGCCUCCUUGCCAAACUGCAUAGGUACAACAAGGAUAACAAGAACGCAGCAAACCACUUCACCGAGGCUCUAGAAACAGACCCUUUGAUGUGGGAUGCCUUGACCAAUCUAUGUGACAUUGGUAAGUCCCCUGUUUUUUUUUGUUGGAGUAGGAGCUGUUUCCUAACUAUGAUGUCUUCUAGGAGCCACCUUAAAUAUGCCGAAUAUCUUCAACGUCGAUCGCUUCCACCCAGAAACUACGCCGAAACCAGACCGUGCCGGUUCGAAAUCGGCAGUGGCCAAUGCCACGACGAGACAGACCUCCCCGUACCUAGAACAACCGUCGAGAUAUAAUACCCGAACACCCCCGCGAGGCGUGAAUAUUCAGAAUGUGUCUCUUCGAAAAAAGAAGGAAUUGCCUACGAAUGACACUGCCAAGACCAAGACAACAUUGCCGAAGAAACGGCAACGCCCAGGCUUUGAUCACUCGAUGGAACAGCCAAACCCUCCCAGUGGCCCAAUUCUUGCAGACACGGACGUUUUUACUUCCCGGACGAUAACUCCAACUCCUUCCCUUGUGGCCCAACGCAGGAGUGCUCGACUACACAAUCGUAUUGCCGCGACGUCUGGCCUCGCUGAUCGACCAGCUUUCCAACCCAGCACUAGAGAGGUAAUAAGGCGCCCUGCCAAACCAACGACUUUAGUCCGAGAUCGCCAAAAGCCUGCACCGACAGCUCGACCCGGCCCGGCGCAAAAGAGAACUCUGCCCCAACGGAAGGCCGCCGUCUCUCCGCCACCCACUCCUGAAACUGACCCCUCAACCAAGCUUGAGUCUAUAAGCGUGGAAGCGAUUGCGGAGCGAGAGAGGACCGUGAAAUUAUUUGGCAUCCUCCAGUCAUUAGGGGCCGCCUAUCACAGCUUGAGCAAUUACGAGCCCAGAGCAUGCCUGGAUGCUUUUGCGUCCCUCCCAAUUGAGCUCCAGGCGACUCCCUGGGUUCUUUCCAAAUCAGCGCGAGCGCAAUACGAGUUGAUGGACUACAAGAAAGCGAAGCAAACUUUCCAGGCGCUGCGAAAACGUGCCCCCUCGUGGAUUGAAGACUUUGAAGUGUAUUCUACUGUCCUGUGGCAUCUCAAAGACGAGGUUCCAUUGUCGUUAUUGGCACACGAGCUUACUGAGAACCAUUUUCAAUCUCCUGAGACGUGGUGUGCAGUAGGCAACUCGUUUUCUGUAUGCCGAUCCCGAGAUGAAGCAAUCAGGUGCUUUCGGCGUGCCUGUCAGCUCUCUCCCCAGCUCCCUCAGGCAUAUUCUCUCCUUGGAUAUGAGCUCAUGGAGCAAGAAGACUACUACGAGGCCAUCGGAUCUUUCCAGCGCGCCAUUCGGGUGGAACCGCGCUUUUAUACAGCCUGGGUCGGGCUUGGACGUGCCUAUGAACGGCUGAGUCGCAAUGACGUGGCAUUGAAGUACUAUCUGACGGCUGUGGAAAUUAAUUCAUCCAACCCCAUCAUCUACACUUACGUCGCCCGGGUAUGUUACAUUGCCCCCCUGCUAAUUAGGGUUUCUCUAACAAUGCGGUCCAGGUCUUGGAAAACUUGCAGAAGCGACGAAGUGCGAUCGAAUACUUGCGACGAGGCAUCCGGCUGAACCCCCCGCCGCUCACCAUGGCGUUAAUAAGGAUGCAGCGCGCGGGAAUAUAUCUUUACGCCGGGCAACCCGGUGCCGCCCUGGAGGACCUUCGGGCUGUUGCGCUAAUCGCCCCGGACGAGCCUCGCGUUCACUUGCUUCUUGGCCAGGCGUAUGCCAUGCAAGGGGAAGAUAAAGCUGCGGCAUUAAAAUCUUACACUACCGCUCUCAGCCUUGCUCCUUGGGUAAGUUCAUGCCCUAUCUUCUAUCAUGGUUUGGUGCAAAUCACUAAUUCGGCGCAGAGCAGAGAGAUCAAGGACGCCAUGCUGUCUCUUGA